UAACUGGCUCUAACCAUAGCAGUUGUUCUUCGCCUGUUCUACUGAUUCCAUAAUCUGAAUCCUUGACCGGGCCUGGGCUAGAGCAGCCUAGUCUUCGCAAACAAGACCCUGGAACCUCAUGACCUCCCUUAUCAAGCACUGAUCCAGAGUUUCACACAAAGUUAUCGCCCAGUCACGGACCAUCCUCCAAAACAAGUUAUUGCUCGACUCGAGUUUAUUUGGUGCAAGUGUGGCCGCUCUCAGUACACACACUAUGAUGGACGUAGACCCCGAGUCUGACUUCCGUGUCAAAUUCCAUGCGCCUCAGCUGGCACCGAUGCAUAUUCCGGGCUGGGAUUACAGCAGUAUUCUAGAGCUCGUCGACUUACCUGGUUGUGUGCCCGACGAAGAUGUACUCGCUCUCACAGAGCUCCUCCGCAGCAUUCAGUCUGCAACCACCCCGGACGACAUCGAACGCCAUCUCCGCGCGCUAGCCCUCAUCUGGGAAGAUUACUACCUUCCUAAGUUUCCUGUUCCGUUCUUCCAAGUGCGGGUUGCCGACGUACGCGCGGCUGGCGGGUCCCUCAGCACUGCUCUCCCACUCUACGACGAGGUUCUACAUGGUAUCACUAGCCAGAAUGGCGCGGCAUUUGCCCAGUUUGUGUCGACAGUGCGGAUGUUAGCGCAAGGUGAUACAGAGCAGCAAGCUCGCAGCACCGGUUCUCUAACUUUCUUCCAACGCUGGAAGCCCGCGCGCGAGCAUGCCAAUCCCUUCAAUUGGCCCAUGCUCCCACCAGCGUCAGCCGAUAUCCUAGCGGCGUGGCGCACGAGUCCAUAUCAGCGCCAGUACCUCAACUACAUCUGGAUCAAGGCACAUCACCUUGAGGGCACCUUCCACUUGGCUGGGGAGUCUGCAGAUGCACUCACUCAUUGGGGAUUUACCCCCCACUUAGUGCGAUGCGAUGCUAGAAGCGAUCUUAAAGACUCUGAGGCCAUCGUUCAAGCGUUAAUUGACCUCGAAGACGCUUUUUCUGCCACCAUUCCAUGCCACGAGCGGCCAGAGCUCCUGACCCCUGGACUGAUACAAGCAGUACAUGCCAAGCUAAUGCGCACAUCAAAAGUGAAGAUCAAUGACCCAAUGGUCAGAGGCGUGCAUUAUAUCAAUGCAGGGUUCACCCGCCAAACGACGCAGAAAUCAGUGGUGAGACGUAGUCAGCAGUAUAACCUCGCAUUUUGCCCUGCGGAGCGCGUGGACCAGCAGCUGGAGUAUAUAUGUCGGAUGGGGAAGCAAUACAUUGCACGCUGGAGGAACCCGUUUGCGACGGCUGCUUGGCUUCAUGUCACUUUCGUUAGAUGUCACCCAUUCGAUGAUGGAAAUGGUCGCAUGUCACUCCUCAUCUCGUCUAUCCCGCUUAUGCGACAUGGAUUCCCGCCGCUCUGCAUCACUCCGUCACUGAGGAGUGUAUAUUAUGAUGCAUUGAACAUUGCCUGGGAAGGCGACUUCCAGCCCCUUAUCAACUGCUUCGUGGACUCGAUGAACUCGAGUCUCGAGGAAGUGCAGCGGAUUAUGGGUGCUGCUUAAUCUCCGCGAUCUGUAACUUCGAUCGAAGAAGCUCAAGUCGUUGCCGAGUUGGUUCUGUGCUUGAUGUUGUAUCAUCAUGGUCCACUCGAAAAGGAGGAGAGAAAGUGUCGAAGUGUUUUACAGUAAUGCGUGUCUUUGUAUUCGUUUUGUGCGCUGCGUUGGUGGA